AUGAGUUACAAUUCUGACGAUUAUCUGAAACUUGUGGAUAGUGUUGCGUCGUGGAACAAUAAUACAGCACAAUACCUGGCUCACUUGUGGAUUUCAUCAUACCAAGGGGAUCAGCAAAACAGGUACAGCAAACCUAUGCCAUGGAUUGGGAUGUAUAUCGCAUUAGCAUCUCUGUUUUGUAUCAUUGCAAUGGUGGCUGAUUUAUUACAUGGUUUCCGGAGGAAAACGCUAUGGUUUCCGUGUAAAUACUUCACUCUGAACUCUGCUUCUCUAACUGUGAUAGCUGUUGCAAUAAAGCUGCCCAUGGAUCUAUCUACUCUAAUGCCAAGUUACAUGGACCAGGCUACAAAGCUUGAAAGCUCGGGCUUUAUGUGCACCAUGAUGAGUAAUUUAUUGCCUUCUCUAGCAACCAUGGAUAGCAAGGAACUUAUCCCAAACGUCAUAUCUUUGGCUGUUCUCGUGAUUACCUUGGUUGUGAAUGUUUGCAUUCAACUAAACACUGGAGCUCUCUUCUAUCAUGUAGUAGAUGAUGGUGCGGGGUUUGACCUUCAUGGUUAUGUGAAAAGUUUACCAUCCUACGUACCUGAUAGACACAACAGAUUUACAGCAGCCAUUUAUGUGGAUAUGUUACUCAUGUUGCUCACAAUAUAUGUAUGUUCAGCUUUAGCAAUUCUGAAGUCCAAACAGAUUCUAGAAUCAAAAUACCAAGCCACUCAUGAUAAAGCUAUAAACGAUCGAUAUUUGCACCAAGAAGGAAAAUUAAGUGUUGAGAAGCUAAAGCGGCAUGUGAGCUAUUGGUGGAUCAUGGCAGGAACUGGAAGCUCCCAAUUCAUGAAAACAUGCUCUGUUACAACCUCUGCUUCAGCCGUAAUAUGUGCUUCAAGCGUUGUCUUACACAUUCUUCUUUUACUUUUUUAUGUUGAAAAUCUAUGGGACUAUAAGUCCGAUUAUAAGUGGUCAAUGCCAGUGAUUCUCAUAAUACAAUUUCUCGGAAUCAUAGUGGGUACAAUUUCCCCACUUUCUAGAUGUUUUUUAGCUUUAAGCUUUAAGGUUCCGAUAAAAUGGAUUUGGGACCAUAUCAAGAUCUCUAAAGUAGAAAGCUACUGGACUGAGAAGUUAUAUGAUUGGAAACGGAGUAGCAUACCAUUCCCAUCCAGUAGCCGCAAAUGCAAGUGUGUCAUGGAGAACCUCAAAGUCAUAAUUCUCAAUAUUUGCAUAGGGUUUCAGAAGAUAGUCGUGGUGGCCUGCAAGAUCAUAGCAUUGGUUCCAUUUUUCGUUGUCAUAUGUGUCUUGUAUUGUUGGAAGUGGUUAAAAGCCAUGUUUUGCACCUCAUGUCCUAUGCUGAGAGAAAAGCCUACGGAGCAUCUAAGAAAAGAUAUAGAUCUUAGCUGGUAUGUUUUGCAACUCCAUGACGACAUCGAGUUUGCUAACAGAACAUUGAAAGGCAUGUUAAAAUCGGUGAAUCACUUAAUCGAAAUGGCAGAAAAACAGCAACCCAAAAAUCUUAUGAAGCUAUUAGCAAAAUCUAGAGGUUUUGAAGGAGUUGCAAGGUUUGACAGCAAUCGUGUUCCAGCUUUAAGUUCAGAAGAAUAUGUCAAUUGUUGGAGCUUGCCAUUGAUAACUCUGACAACCAUCGCCAUGUCUCUUCCUAACAUCCAACUGGACAUAGUCUAUUCCUUGCUAAGUGGUGUGACUGAAGGUCUUGUAUAUGUCGCACUUGUGGAAAAAACUCUCAAUGCAACUGAUGAUCAUGUAAGCAUUCAAGAGGCAGCUAAAACUUUGUGGCGUGAAGUUGAAGUCUACAACAAUUGGUUAGGAAACAAGCUGCCAAAAUAUAAUCCUGAAGAGAAUACACCAAGACAGAUUCUUCAAUGGUUGAGAGAUACAGCUAAAAGCAUGGUCACUCAUGAGGUGGAAAGUACAGAUAUUCGAAGCCAAAAUGAUAAUUCCAAAUACAGUUCUAUUUGUGCCAAUUCAAUGUAUCGUAUCACAGAAACAAUCCUGAUUUCUUGCCACGAGAACAUUUAUCACGAAGCUAGCCAAGAGGAACUAUUUGAAGUGUUAUCAUCAAUGAUCGCUGAUAUAUUGGCAGCAUGUCUCACCAACUUACCCCAAGUCAUAUUAAUGAAAUGCCACACAAGCGCCAUAGAGAAAAGAGAGGUGAAUGUGCAUGUUGCAGCCCAACUUCUCGGUCAGACUACGCAGAUAAUCAAAUCCCUCCAAGAUCGUCAACUUCCAAGCUUGAGUCUGGAUGAUUUGCCUUUUAUUGACAAGUGGCGUUGUUACUUAAUCGAUCCCUUUGAUGAAGAUUUGUUGUAA